UAAAAAAAAAAGUCUCGCACUGUCGCACACCAUCUCCUAGGGCAAACCCCUUAAUGCUCAUUCACGCGGCCGCCGCCAGCCCAUCUCCCCCCAGCGGAGCACGCCGUCUCUGGUUCUCCUCCUCUACUCGAAUGGCGUCGGCGGGUGGUCCCUCCCGAUUUGCUGGGUUUAGCGUCCGUCUGGACUCGAGUUCGUCCUGCUUCAUUCAGAAGGUGGCAGCGCUGUCUAGUGGCCUCCCUGGUGCAACCGCUGUUCAAGUUCGGCGACACCGGAAUAAGGCCUGUAAUGGCCAAGCUAUCAGGUGUGCAAUGGCAACUGGAAACGAGCAAGGUGCAAUCUCAACUGCUAGUAGUGGCGAUCAAAAGAAUGGUGGACUGCGUGGCAAAUUAAAUAAAGUUGUUUUAGCUUAUAGUGGUGGCUUGGAUACAUCUGUGAUUGUUCCAUGGCUCAGGGAGAACUAUGGUUGUGAAGUCGUCUGUUUCACUGCUGAUGUUGGUCAGGGUGCCAUUGAAUUGGAAGGAUUGGAGAAGAAGGCAAAAGCUAGUGGUGCAUGCCAGCUUGUCGUGAAGGACUUGAAAGAAGAAUUUGUUAGUGAAUAUAUAUACCCCUGCCUGCGUGCCGGUGCAGUUUAUGAAAGAAAGUAUCUGCUUGGGACUUCAAUGGCUCGGCCUGUUAUUGCUAAGGCAAUGGUUGAUGUUGCCGAGGAAGUUGGCGCAGAUGCAGUUGCUCAUGGAUGCACUGGAAAAGGCAAUGAUCAGGUUCGCUUUGAGCUUACAUUUUAUGCUUUAAAUCCUGAACUUAAAGUGGUGGCACCUUGGAGGGAGUGGGAUAUCACAGGACGUGAAGAUGCUAUUGAGUACGCAAAGAAACAUAAUGUACCAGUUCCAGUUUCAAAGAAAUCAAUAUACAGCCGAGAUCGAAACUUGUGGCACCUUAGCCAUGAGGGUGACAUCUUGGAAGACCCAGCAAAUGAGCCAAAGGAAGAUAUGUAUAUGAUGUCUGUUGCUCCAGAAAAUGCACCUUCGGAACCUGAGUAUCUGGAGAUUGGCAUCAUUGCAGGUGUUCCUGUUUCCAUUAAUGGCCAAGAUAUCUCGCCAGCAUCUCUCCUUGCAGAGCUCAACGAAAUCGGUGGAAAGCACGGGAUUGGUCGUAUUGACAUGGUAGAGAACCGGCUUGUCGGCAUGAAGUCCCGUGGUGUCUACGAGACCCCUGGUGGCACCAUCAUGGCAACCGCGGUGCGUGAGCUGGAGGCCCUUACCUUGGACAGGGAGACAAUGCAAUGGAAGGACAUGCUCGCACUCAAGUAUGCCGAGCUGGUCUACGCGGGCCGCUGGUUCGACCCGCUCCGACAGGCUAUCGACAUGUUCAUGGAGAAACUCACUGCAACAACCACCGGUUCCGUGACCCUGAAGCUGUACAAGGGCUCAGUGAAUGUCACAUCCCGGAAGAGCCCCUACAGCCUGUACAGGGAGGACAUCUCCUCCUUUGAGAAUGGGGAGAUCUACAACCAGGCUGACGCCGAGGGGUUCAUCAGGCUGUAUGGUCUCCCGACCCGGGUUCGGGCGAUGCUGGAGAAGGGUAUCUGAGCUCUCUGUUUGUUUCAGAAAUAAAAUCUGUUCUUGGAAAAUUGUUGAGGAGUUGCAUAUGUUUUAUACAUCUGGAAGUUUUAUACAUCUGUUCCAGGGUCUCAUGCCCUGUUGGGACUGUUUUUUAGAUUUGUUUGAGGCGUUUCUCCCACUGAAUUAUAAAUGCAUUCAUGUUCCAGGAUGUACAUGAAUCCUAUUAGGGCAUUGCAUGA